GUCUGUUAAGCGGACUUGACUAAACUUCUCAGAGAACAGCAGCACACACACACACACACAUAGCCAGAGGUACAUCUGCCCAACUAGCUGAACGACUGAAGAAUUUAAAGAAAAUCUCUGUCAAGAUGUCAAGCUCAGGAGGUCGGAGACUGAAGCAGUGGCUGAUAGAGCAGAUCCAGAGUGCGCAAUACUCUGGUCUGCAGUGGGAGGAUGAGAGCCGCACCAUGUUCCGAAUCCCAUGGAAACACGCGGGAAAGCAGGAUUACAACCAAGAAGUUGAUGCAUCGAUUUUCAAGGCCUGGGCUGUGUUUAAAGGCAAAUUUAAGGAAGGGGACAAGGCUGAGCCAGCGACUUGGAAGACCAGACUCCGCUGUGCCCUCAAUAAAAGCCCUGACUUUGAGGAGGCGACUGAGAGGUCACAGCUGGACAUUUCUGAGCCCUACAAAGUGUACCGCAUUGUACCCGAAGAAGAGCAAAAGCAUGGGAAAAGCUCAUUGAUGGCCGUGGCAGCUCCGACAGGCUCUGCUGAUUUCACAGACAUGGACUGCAGCCCCGCAGAAAUGGAGGAGCUAAUUAAGGAGGAAGAAGGGUGUGCCAUCCAGGCCAGUCCAGAGUACUGGUCCCAGGGCAGCGUCAAUGCUUUUUCCCAGAUACUGAUCAACUUCUUCUAUGGAGGAAAGCUGAUGCAUAACACGCUGGUAACUCACCCCGAGGGCUGCCGGAUUUCCCCCCAGCAGCACCUGGGUCGUGGUGCGCUCUACAGUUCAGACAGCAUGCAGAGCGUUCACUUUCCCUCCGCUGAGCUCAUCGAGUAUGACCGGCAGCGCUACGUCACACGCAAGCUCCUGGGUCACCUGGAGAGAGGUGUGCUGGUCCGUGCUAACCAGGAGGGCAUCUUCAUCAAAAGACUUUGCCAAAGCCGCGUCUUCUGGACCGGACUGGGAGAAGUGAGCUCCCAAUACAACCCCAUGCCUGGUAAACUGGAGAGGGAUGCUGUCGUCAAGAUUUUUGACACCGGAAGGUUUUUCCAAGCUCUGCAGCUGUACCAGGAGGGUCAGAUUCCUGCUCCUGAUCCCACAGUGACACUUUGUUUUGGAGAGGAGCUCAGUGAUCUCAACAGUGCCAAAGGCAAACUGAUUAUCGUGCAGAUCACCUCUGUCAACUGCCAGCAUUUGCUGGACACCAUGAACAUGCGUCGCUCUCAGCCUUACUGCAACAACGCAAACCUGGAGAUGUGUGACGACGUGGCCACUGACCAGAUGGCUCGCAUCUACCAGGACUUAUGCAGCUACAGUGUACCCCAGAGGCCGGCCUGCUACAGGGAAAACAUGCCCAUCACUGCCUGAGCUGUGAGCAGCAGCAUCUAAAGGGAGCAUGUACCGGACCGAAUGUACGACAUAUCAGGGGCAUUUCAUAUUUAUUUUAUACACCGAUACGUGCACAGAUUAGCGGAAUUCAAACUAAGGAAGAUAAGGAAGUCCUCAUCUUUUCCGCAACAGUAAGAUUUUUCAACCAAAGUUCGAAAGUAAAUGGACCCCAGUGUACUCUAUGUAACGUCUUUAAUUGUAUCCAUGCAAAGCUAACACCAAAAUGUGUUUAAGCUCAGUUAUACGUUGUAAGAAGGUGUUCAUUUAUUUAGACAAAUCAGCCCAAAUACUUUGUACAUAGAAAACCCAGAUGGCAGGCCUACAGCGCAAACAGUUUAGCUCUUCAAACGGGAUUUUACUUCAUCAGCAUUUUUUGGUUUUUGUUUCUGCAGCUGAGAUGAUUCAUUUUGUGACAACCAUCUGAUUUAACUCAACAGAGGGGACUUUUUUUAUAGCAUAUUCUAUUUCUUGCAGAAAAUGAAAAUAUUUUUUAUACGUUGACAGAAAUGACAUUUCUGAAAAUCUAGAUGCAGUGUGGCAUUAAAGUACAGAUAGGUUUUACUAUCAGACUAUUUUUACAUUUAGAGCUCUAUUUCUUCUUUUUCUUUUUGUAAACUUCUUUUCUAAAUAAAACUUUCUACUGAA